AUGGAAGUACCCGUUAUGCUUGAUAGCAAACGGAAACAUCAAAAUAACGUUGCGGCUGGUGGUGUGUGCACAAUUAACGUUAACCCUGUUGGCCGACUCAUACCACCUCCGGCCUUUGAUGGAGCCCAUGUUCCUCCUCCGGCUAACCCUAAGGCUUACUUUUAUAUGACGGUGGACGGCAAACCGGCUGGUAUGAUCGUGAUGGAGCUCUUUGCCGACACGACCCCGCGGACGGCAGAGAAUUUCCGCGCCCUCUGUACAGGGGAGAAAGGCAUGGGGAAGCUUGGUAAGCUACUCCAUUACAAAGGAUCAAUCAUCCACCAUGUUGACCCCGGUUAUAUGAUUGCCGGAGGAGAUAUCAUUGACGGAGGGAAAGGAAACGGAGGCGAAUGUAUCUACGAGAGUAGGUUUUUCGAGGUUGAGAACUUCAUCAAGAAGCACACCAGUCCAGGUAUCCUCUCCAUGUGGAACCGUGGUCGAAACAGCACCGGAUCUCAGUUCAUGAUCCAUGCAAAGGCGAAUCCGGAUCUGGAGGAAGAGUGUGUUGUGUUCGGCCAAGUUGUUCAAGGAAUGGAUGCGGUCACUGUUAGAAAUUAAAGAACAUAGUGAAGAACAAGAGAGAGACAGAGAUAGAGAGAGAGAGUAAAGAAGCAUAAUCUUAUUCACUUGAUUAAUUUGCUUAUGAGAACAUCUCAUAUAUGUAGUGGUUACAAGUAUGGUAAAUGGUAGAUGAGAUAUGAUAAACUAAUAAUCCAUUGUUUUGAGACCUUAACCCACCAUGCAUGCUUGUCCCUUGUAGUGGCAUCUCCAUUGUCUUGAGACCUUAACCAAUCAUGCAUGUUUGUCCCUUAGUGGUAUCUCUAUUGUCUUGAGACCUUAACCCACCAUCUUGUUUCUUAUUGCUUCAUUUUUACACUCCCCCUCAAGCUUGACC